AUGAGUAAUCUAAGAGUGGUAAAUUUUACAAGCGAGAACCAAGACUAUAUGGGUUUUACCCCUCAACAACCAACAAAACGUCAUUUGGAAAAUCAUAAUAAUUAUUUUCAAUUUGUUCAAAAGCGUAGAAAAUUAAGUAAGGACUAUUUCAACUCCCAACUACCACCUAUUCAAUAUGUCGAAGAUAGUUCUGAUGUAAAUCAUUUACUAAAGCCACAAGAAAAAUUAUUAUCUCGAAAAUCUGUGGCCUCGCUUCCCACUCAUCGCCCACUGUCCUGCUUUGGUCAAGAGCUUUGUGAGCGUUCAUGCAUACCUUUAAAAGUUUUACAAAAUAAAACUUGUUAUUGUUCGCCGCCGGAGCUAUGCUCCGGUCCUACUCGAUAUGGAAUCUCUGAUAAUGCAUUGCAUCAAUUUCAAAAUUCCGUAGUUUCAUUCUCUUCUGUAUAUAGUCCCACUAGAUUUCAUUCGACUCCCCAACAAACAAUGACCAAUAACAAUGAUUACUUUUCAAGAAACGUUAACAAUGAAUCUAAUACCAUGUGUGACCACUCAAGCAUGAAUGUUCGUAUGAUUCCUGUCAACGUAAGCAACAAUACCGUUCGAAAUUUAACGGUUAAUGAUCACCCUGAUGCUCCAGAAAACGAUAAUCAAGAAUUUUCUAUUCUCAAUAUAAUUCCAUCUUUGAUAAGUGAAAAACAUCGAAAGGCCGCAUUUGUUGAAAAUUUAGUUGAUACCGCUUGUCUUAUCGUGGAAGUAAUUUGGGCCAAUUUUUCUGUUAGUCCAAGCGCAAAAAUUAUUUCUCUACGUGUAUUCAUUCAAGAAACUUUGAGACGUUCACGUACCUCUUAUUCAACACUUCAGACUGCUUUAUUUUAUUUAAUCAGAAUAAAAUCUGAAAUUGCUAAAUUAUAUCGGUGUACUGAAUACUUACCAACUCCAACUUCCGAAUAUCCUCCAAAUGUGAUUCCAAAUUCAAAUCAAAAUAAUGAUCCUGCUACUUGUGGUCGUCGCAUGUUUUUAGCUGCUUUGAUUGUUGCUUCAAAAUACCUUCAAGAUCGUAACUAUUCGAACCGUGCUUGGUCUAAAAUGUCUGGACUUUCCGUUAAAGAAAUUAAUACCAACGAAAUCUGUUUCCUCAAGCUUAUUGAUUAUAACCUUUUCAUAGCUGAAACCAAUUUUAAGCGUUGGAGUAGUCUUUUACUAACGAAUAUCCAAGCUAUUUCAGGACCUGAUAUGUCGAAUCCAGAAGCAUUCAGAGUAGCAAAAAAUAGAAGAAAGGUUGAUGGAUUUCGUGAAACCUUAAAAUUUCUAGAUCCAGUGACCAUGGAAUGUGAAAGAGCAUAUCCAAUCACUCCUGCUAUCACUCCGACAGAUAGUGCGCCAGGAUCACCAAACGAACAACAGCCUAAUAUGUUGAAACAGAUGUCAUUUUCAUCUAAUUUAUCAUCCACAUUACAGGCAUUAACUGGACAAAUUUCUGAUAUUCCUGAGCAUGUUCAGAAAUUGAAGUGGAGUUCGCUCAAUUAUGAUUCUGGAUAUAAUUAUCAGGUUUUACCAAAUAAUAAUUAUGAAAACAACCUUGAAGGAUGUCAAGAUAGUAGAAUAAAAAGAAUUCUUGUUCGAUCUUUUGCAUGA